CAGGAAAUGAUUUUGGACAUAUCAACUAAAUCACUCUUCCUCUCACUUUCUUAUUUUCAAACCAGCUGUACAGAAAUGAUAAAGGUGAUAGCUUUGUUGCUGCUUUUGCAGAAUGCUGCAUCUGGAGAAAAAUAUUAUCUGGAGAUGGAUCAUUUCCUGUAUCCAGGAGUUCCCAAUUUCCCAGAGUAUGGAGUGAUUGAUGUUUUUGAGGGGUUUUUAGCAGCUUACUUUGAUGACAAUGUAACACGUGUCAGUCAAGACUGGAUGAAAGAGUUAAUAAAAGAGAGCAAAGAUGAAUGGAAAUCGUUUGUCUGGGGGUGUUUGAAAUACAAAUAUAUCUUCAGAGAACUGACUGAGAAUUUUACUACGCGGUCAAACCAAUCAGAAGGCAGUGAGAUAAUUCAGCAAAUUAUUCACUGUGAAUGGGAUGAAGAAACUGUUGAUACUCAAGUAAAGUUCGGUAACAAUGGAGAAGACUUUAUCACAUUAGACACAAAGACAGAGACAUGGAUUGCAACAAAUCCGAAGGCAGAAGUCAUAACAAAGUCGUUGAAUGCAGACAAAACCAAUUAUGAGAAAGCACAGUUCAUGAUCCAAAAUGGGUGCCUGCCAUUGUUAAAAUUGUUUGUGAGAUAUGGAAAAUCUUAUCUGAGCAGAAAAGUUCUUCCCUCAGUGUCUCUGCUCCAGAAGUCUCCCUCCUCUCCAGUCACUUGUCAUUCAACGGGUUUCUUCCCUGACAAAGCCAUGAUGUUCUGGAGGAAAGAUGGAGAGGAGAUUCAUGAAGGGGUAGAACAUGGAGAUAUUCUUCCCAAUGAUGAUGGAUCCUUUCAGAUGAAUGUCUCCAUGGAAGUUCCUGAAAUCCCACCUGAAGACUGGGGGAGAUACGAAUGCGUAUUUCAACUCUCUGGAGUGCAAAAUUAUGUCGUUACCAAACUGGACCAAGAUUUAAUCAGAAGCAACAAUCCCAGAAAUGAAGGUCGAUUAACGGCAAUCAGCAUCGCUGUCAUUGCUACAAUGGGAUGUGUUAUCGUCAUCAUUAUUGUUGCUUUAUCAUUGACAGCUUUCAAAAAAAGGAAUGUGACUCACAGUAUAGAGAGAUCUUCUACACCAUCCUCUGAAACAGCCUCUCUUUAACAAACUGAUACAAAAUGCACUUCACCAUGAGGCUUGCUGGACUUGUGUCAUAUCCAGAUGUCCUGUUAACUGCACAGAUAAUCUACAGGGAACUCCAAGAUCACAUGAAAUUAAGAUUACCAGCAAUAAUGAAGGAGCAGACUUAACAUGCUAAAUGGUUUCAUAAAGACA